AUGUAUCGCCACAAUGUCCCCCGCACCCCCGAAGUCGUCCGCGGCUACCUUCUGGGCAACACCCUCGGCGCCGGCAGCUUUGGCGCAGUGCGCAAAUGCACACAUCUCGCAACAGGAAAAGAGUGUUGUGUCAAGGUUCUCCCGAAGCACAAGAAUUUAAAAGAAGAAGUAAUGGGAGAAAUUGAGAUUCUUGCAGCACUAGAGGGCGGGAGUGGGCUUUGGACGAGGAUGUUGGAUGUAGAGCAGGAGCAUGAUGAGAAUUGGUACAUCUUCCUCGAACUCGCCGAUGGCGGCGACCUCUUUGCCCUCUACGAGUGCCAGAGCCUCCGCACCCCCUUCCGAACCAAAGAACUUCUCUACGACAUCGCCAAAGCCCUGCAAGAACUCCACGAGCGCUCUAUUGUCCACCGUGACAUUAAACCGGACAACAUCCUCCUCUCCACCCGCACUCCAGCCGCCCGCGCCCUGCUUGCCGACUUUGGCGUCAGCACAUGGUGCGACGGCGCGCAGGUACUCGAUGGACGGUGCGGCACGGCGCGCUACAUGGCGCCGGAGAUUUGCGCAGAUCGGAAAUAUGGGUCUCAAGUUGAUAUGUGGUCGUUCGGAUUAAUUGCCUACAUCCUAGUCUUCGGCAAGCCCCUCCUUCCCGAAGGCGCCACCGACGACGAAAGCAUGCAACUCAACGCUGCACUGAAGCCCGGCUUCCUGAAGAACACCGAAGGCCACAGUGCAGAGGCAUUCGGAUUCAUCAAAUCACUCUUGCGCAUUAAUCCCGCGAAGCGACUAACUGCGCAUGCUGCAGUGAACCAUCCUUACCUCCGCGCGGCGAGGCUGAAGAGAGAGCGCGAGGCUAUGUUAUUCAAAUACUCGUCCGCCGGGUUGGAAGCAAAGUUUAAGGAGGAGAAGGAGAUGAAGAAGCUCCGUGAGCGACUCAAUAGGCUGCAUGUUGCUGAGCAAGUAAACCAACGUAUAUUGUUAUCGACGCAAGCGCCGACCGUUCCAGAGGAUACGGAGGCGGCGGCACAGAGAGGGUGGAACGGUAGCGGGGUAGAGAUUAAACAGGAAGAAGAAGACGAUGAGGAUGUGUGGGUUUCAGUUGCGCGUGAGAGUGUCCGUGAGCGAGGUCGGCCUGUGAAGAGACGUCUUGCGAUUCCACGCCCUCGUAGAGCUGCUGCUGCUAACAGCGAGGCUGGACCAUCCAACAUUGCGUCUGCAGCUGGACCAUCCAAUAUUGGUACUGAAGCUGGGCCGUCAAAUACCAACACUGCUAUCCCAUCAGCCCCUGCGCCACAGAACCGGCGUAUGGUCUACCUUGUUGCGCCUUCAGCUCCACGAACGCCCGCAGCAGCCACAAAUACGAACAUUAAUAUCAACACCAACAACAACGGGCCAUUGAUCAACCUCUCGUCCACUCCUUCGUCUGCUACCCCAGCUCCCAGAGUCCGAAGUGGCAUCCCCCGCUUCACCAGCAUUCCCAGAUUCACUGGUAACCGUGAGCAAGGUGAUGAGUCACCAAACUCGAGUCCUCCUGUAGAUGGUGACCUUGAUGACCGCUAUGAAGAUGUGUUUAUGCAUAAUUUCAGGAUUGAGCAGAACUAUUAUCGGUGCCCGCCGGGCGUGGAGAUGAAGGAUUGGUACAAGUUCAUGGUUCCAGGUCCGCGGUUGUGA